AUGCGCCUCUCCAAAACCCUCGUCGACAUGGACAUGGCUGACUACAGUGCUGCGCUGGACCCAGCCUACACCACCCUGGAGUUUGAAAAUGUGCAGGUGUUGACGAUGGGCAAUGCCCUGCAGCCGAGCGGCAGCCUGGUCAGCUCCGCUCAACUCAGCCAGCGGAGGCAGCAGCGGUUUAGCCGACAGUGCGUGGUGGACAAAGACAAGAGGAACCAGUGCCGCUACUGCAGGCUCAAGAAGUGCUUCCGGGCUGGCAUGAAGAAGGAAGCUGUCCAAAAUGAGCGGGACCGAAUCAGCACUCGCCGGUCCAGUUAUGAGGACAGCAGCCUGCCCUCCAUCAACGUGCUCCUGCAGGCAGAGGUGCUGUCUCAGCAGAUCACCUCCCCCGUUUCGGGGAUCAAUGGAGACAUUCGGGCCAAGAAGAUCGCCAGCAUCGGGGACGUGUGUGAGUCCAUGAAGGAGCAGCUGCUGGUGUUGGUCGAGUGGGCCAAGUACAUCCCCGCCUUCUGCGAGCUGCCCCUGGAUGACCAGGUGGCCCUGCUCAGAGCCCACGCCGGCGAGCACCUGCUGCUCGGAGCCACCAAGAGAUCCAUGGUGUUCAAGGACGUGCUGCUCCUAGGCAAUGACUACAUCGUCCCCCGUCACUGCCCCGAGCUGGCGGAGAUGAGCCGGGUGUCCGUGCGCAUCCUGGACGAGCUGGUGCUGCCUUUCCAGGAGCUGCAGAUCGAUGAGAACGAGUAUGCCUGCCUCAAGGCCAUCAUCUUCUUCGACCCAGAUGCCAAGGGGCUGAGCGACCCCGGCAAGAUCAAGCGGCUGCGCUCCCAGGUGCAGGUCAGCCUGGAGGACUACAUCAACGACCGCCAGUACGACUCGCGCGGCCGCUUCGGCGAGCUGCUGCUGCUGCUGCCCACGCUGCAGAGCAUCACCUGGCAGAUGAUCGAGCAGAUCCAGUUCAUCAAGCUCUUCGGCAUGGCCAAGAUCGACAACCUGCUGCAGGAGAUGCUGCUGGGAGGGUCCUCUAGCGACGCACCUCAUGCCCAUCACCCUCUGCACCCUCACCUGAUGCAGGAACACAUGGGCACCAAUGUCAUUGUGGCCAACACAAUGCCUACUCACCUCAGCAAUGGACAGAUGUCCACCCCUGAGACUCCACAGCCCUCGCCACCAGGUAGUUCCGGGUCUGAACCCUACAAGCUCCUGCCAGGUGCCAUCACCACAAUUGUCAAGCCCCCCUCCGCCAUCCCCCAGCCAACCAUCACCAAGCAGGAAGUCAUCUAGCCGCCAAUGGGGGUCGGGUCUCCCAGCCCCCUC